AUGUCGGCGGUGUGGGCUUUCCAGCACGUGGGAAGUUUGGAAGCUUCAAAACACGCUUUGUUUUGGAGGGAUUUGAACAAAAACUCUCUGGCUGGUGACAUUCCCAGGCUGUUUCUGGAAAAGGUGCUGUCUCACAACCUCUACACGGUGCUGUGCAUCCCUCACGACCCCGUGGCGCUGGAAGAGCAUUUCCGUGAUGAUGACGAUGGGCCGGUGUCCAGCCAGGGCUACAUGCCCUAUCUCAACAAGUACAUCCUGGAUAAGGUGGAGGAAGGUGCUUUUGUCAAAGAAAACUUCGACGAACUCUGCUGGACCCUGACGGCCAAGAAGAAUUACAAGCCCGACCGGAACGGGAAUAGCGUUGUAUCCCACCAAGAUGCCUUCAAGCUCUGGUGUCUCUUCAACUUUCUGUCUGAAGACAAAUACCCUCUCGUCAUGGUGCCGGAUGAGGUGGAGUACCUGCUGAAGAAGAUCUGCACAGCCAUGAACGUGGAGCUGAACUCCUGUGAGCUGGAUGACUACCUCUCCCAGGAGCUGCAAGGCCAGGGGGGGCUGACGGUCUGGCAGUUCCUGGACAUGGUGAACUCAGGGCGGUUCCUGCGAGGCAUCGAGCAGGAGGCCAUCAGCAUGGCUGUGGAGGAGGUCUACCAGGAGGUCAUCGAGGAUGUUCUCAAACAGGGCUACCUCUGGAAGAAGGGCCAGCUGAGGAGGAACUGGUCAGAGCGGUGGUUCACUCUGAAGCCCAGUGUCCUGUCCUACUACAUGAGCGAGGAGCGGAAGGAGAAGAAGGGGAGCAUCGCGUUGGACAAGCACUGCUGCGUGGAGGUCCUGCCUGACCGGGAUGGGAAGAGGUGCAUGUUCUGUGUGAAGACCUCCUCCCGCACCUAUGAGAUGAGCGCCUCUGACACCCGACAGCGCCAGGAGUGGACGUUAGCCAUCCAGAUGGCCAUCCGGCUGCAGGCUGAGGGCAAGAAGUCCCUGCACAAAGACCUGAAGCAGAAACGCCGGGAGCAGCGGGAGCAACGGGAGCAGCGCAAGGCGGCCAAGGAGGAGGAGACACAGCGGCUCAAGCAGCUCCAGGAGGAGAAGGAGAGGAAGCUGCAGGAGCUGGAGCUGCUGAAGGAGGCCCAGCGGCAGGCAGAGAUACUCUUGCAAGAGGAGGAGGAGCGGCGGAGGCAGCAGCACGAGGAGAUGCAGAGGACGCUGGAGAUCCAGCUGCGGGAGGCUGAGCAGGCUCGCGCCUCCAUGCAGGCUGAGAUGGUCCUGAAGGAGGCAGAGGCAGAGCGUCAGCGCAAGCGCAUCCUGGAGCUGGAGGACAUGCAGGAGCGUCUCCAGGAGGCCCUGCAGCAGGAGGUGAAAGCACGGCAGGACGAGGAGGCUGUGAGAUAUGCACAGGCCAGGCUACUGGCUGAAGAAGAGGAGAAGCUGAAGCAGCUGAUGAAGCUGAAGGAGGAGCAAGAGGAAUAUAUCAUCAAAACUCAGCUGGAGAAGCAGGUCCUCAAGCAGGAGAUGGAGAACAAGAACAAGUGUCUGGAAGAGGCGCAGAAGCAGCUGGAAGAAGUGAGAGUGAACAGGCAGCGGGUGGACCAAGACGUCAUGGCGGCCCAGCGGAAGCUGCGACAGGCCAGCACCAAUGUCAAGCACUGGAACGUCCAGAUGAACAGACUGAUGCACCCCAUUGGGCCAGGAGACAAGCGUACAAACGUGAGUGGAGGAGGCUUUGCUGGCUACCAACCCCUCCUCUCCCAGAGAGAUUCCUCCCUCAAACUCCUCAAGCAGAAGGCAGAGGAUAAAGGCAGCAACCCCACAAGGGUCAAUAGCAAGGAAAACGUGAGCAACGGUGGGAACAGCAGUGUGCCGCCGUCUCCGGAUGCGGACACCAUGGCCACAGAGCCCACCAACUAGCCCGGCAGGGAGGCAGAGCCCAGCGGGGAACUGCGGGGCCCAGCACAUCCCUGCGAGCAGACACAGCCAAUACGGCCACCUCUGGAUGGAGACAAGUGGGGACCAGCACAGAGCCUAGAGAUGACUACAUAUAAGGCAGAGAUGCUCCCAUUUUCUUCAGGGAAGUGUUACAGCCACGACGUGCCAGGAGGUUCAGACACUGGGGAGUCUGGCCAGUGAGGCCAUCUCCUCCAGGCUACCUAGGUGUGGGACCUGGACUCAACUCCCCAGACUCUGGUUUCCACCCUGCCUGAAAACCCAAGCCACUGGUGGGUCUGGAUUGUGUUGCCCAGGGCUGCAGUUCCCUCUUGGUUUCCACCAGCCACCCUUCUGCAUCGCCCGCUGCGCCCCUGGCUGUGUGGCCCUGGGACAGCAACUGCCAGGGAAGCCUUGGGCCCUCCCCAAGAAAUGUUGGGGUGUCCUGAACUCACACGUGUGUUCCCCAAAGGUGGUUGUUCAUCACUAGAGUCACGUCGAUGUUAGCAGGAACCAACAAGCAAGGAAGCUUUUGGAACCGCUGGCCCGCAGACCCCCUUCCCUGGGCAUCUCUGGCCCUACAGGCACCAGAGCUCCCUCCUCAGCAGGGCAGGGUUUUGAUUCCCACUGUAGAAAAGAACCCAGUAAAAGAAAUCAGAUGCCACCCACGGAAAAAGGCUCCCCCGGUGGAUUUGGGGUUGGUCUGUGGAGGGCCAAGGUGAGGACAGAUGCUGGUGAACUGGCCGUAGAUGAUGAACUCCCCCCUGGGUGGCAGGGCUGGCAGAGGGGUAACGUCUGGGAGGGCCAUCACCUCUGUAUGAUUAAUUAAGUGCUGGUAUAGGAAGAUAACGGUGCUCUGGGCUUCCUUUGGGUCCAUGCCCUCGGACUGCAGGACUCCCUGUUUCAGGAAUCCUGGCUCAGGACGUGGUCCAAGGCCCACAGGAGGCAACAGCAAAGGCUCCCAGGGGCCACCCAAACCGGGGGCCGGUGGACGUGGCAGCUCCGUUCAGGAACACUGGCCCGGUCUGUCUCCUCCAGCUAAUUUGCUCCUCAAAAAAACUGAGAACAAAAGCCAACUCUGCUGGCAAACCUCCCCGCACAAAAAAAAAUAAUAAAUCUAACCCACUCCAACAUCGGGGUGGGUUUUUCCAAGCACCUCUGUUUAAAUACAGUCCCAUUCACCUGUGGCUUUGGGGUCUUCGUUGUACGGGGCCCAGAGCCC